CAUUUUGAGACAACCCAAGAUGUUUCUUGUCGGUAAUUUCCCCAGUUUCUCCAAUUUUCUCUCCUAUUUCUUUAGCUUCUGAUCUUUCCACACAAAACAGAUAAAUAAGGCCAAAAAAAUUAACAUGGAUGUAUGCUGAUAAGUCUAUGGAUCGACACCAACAAGACACGGCUCCCACAACGCUGAUGGCCCACGCCAUUGCCGCAUAUACAGCUCCCCAACAAAUUAGCUAUUUGUUUUUUCCCUCUAUUUAACUAUCAUAACUACUUUCUAUAAAUGCCACCAUUAAUUGUUUUAUUGUUUAUAUCCAUUGAAAGGUUAGGCACAGGGUUUCUGGUCGCUGCAAUUAAGGAACAUGGCCACAGGAGCUGCUGAUGGACUUUUCCGGUCGCUUUACGAAGGGUGCAUCUCCGGCUACGACAUCGGCAUCGAUAACCGGCCGUACCAUCAGAACUGCCGCUGUGCCCUGCACGACAAGUCACGAGGGAAUUGUCCCCAUGCAUCCCCUAAAAGCGAGAACGUGUCUUAUCCUAUAAGGAGAGCCUGGAGUGAGGGAUGCUUGACCAUGGCAGCAGCCUCUUGUCAUUCUUCUCCGUCUUCUUUACCAGCUUUGGCUGGGUUUCGUGGGGCUGGGAAGCGGCAAUUGGGAUCAUGUAAAGAAGAGGAGGAAGAUAAUAAGCUGGCAGCUGCUAAGGUGUUAAAAUGAAAGGGAAUGAAUAAAUUUUGGCCUUUUUUUUUUUUAUGUUGGCAGUUGGAUCAAGUUUUUGAUCUGGUUUAAGAAUAAGUACAGUGAUGGGGUGAUGAUUAAAAAAACCAUUGGAAGGUUUCAAAAGGUUUUUGAUUGAUGCCAUUUUUUUUUUAAAUUAAUUUGCCUUUGUAAAUCCAUAAAGAAUGGCCUAAAUCAAAAAUUGCUGCUCUGUACUUGGGGUUGUGGGGUAAAGUUUGUUCAUACAUAAAAUCCUUUCAUCUGUGUAUAUUAGAGCAUACCCAACAAGCAACAACUUUUUUUUUUCUUAUUUACUUCUUGGAUUUGAAUGAUUGAUCAUGGUUUUGCUUUAAUUCAUCAUGGAAAGUAGUUAGUUAUCUAGAAUAUGAGAAUAAAUCAUGAAUUUGCUUCGGGGAAGAAA